AUGACAGGAAAGGGGGGGCGGGACCCUGCCGGACAUCCCGGGGAAGAAGCGGCGGCGGCGGCACACAGUCGGGUCCGCUACGUGCCGCUCAGCCACACUUUGUCCAGGCUUCUUUCUUCCAGCCGCAGGAUGUCUACUGACUUCUCAAGAUCUUUCCAGAACCUUCUGCUUCUGUUGUGUGCUGCCUCGGCUGCUGGAGGGAACAGCAGCGCACGAGGAAGAACCUUCGCCCUCUUCGACGCGUCCUUCACCGACGAGCCCAUCCCGCUCGACGCCCUCGACGCGGAUUUCCCGGCCAACCCCACCGCGAGGGUGCGUAACGCGACCGCCGCCAUCUCGGAGGCGGCGCUGCAGUUCCUGACGGGCCGCUUGUCCACGCUCCUCAUCCCGUCCUUCUACGCGCUGGUCUGCCUGGCGAGCGUCCCCGUCAACGUCUGCGCCGCGCUGGCCUUCGCCCGCCGCAUCCGCCCCAAGAAGCCGGCCGCCGUCUACAUGCUGAACCUGGCGUGCGCCGACCUGGUCUUCGCCUCGCUGCUGCCCUUCAAGAUGGCGUACCACUUCGCCGGCAACCACUGGGUGUUCGGCGAGGUCAUGUGCCGCGUGGUCACCGCCGCCUUCUACUGGAACAUGUACUGCUCGGUGCUGCUCAUCGCCUGCAUCAGCGUGGACCGCCUCCUCGCCGUGGUCUACCCCAUCGACUCCCUAACGUGGAGGAGGCCGCGGAUCGCCACGGCGGCCUGCGCCGCCAUGUGGACGGUGUCCCUGGCCGCCUCGGCGCCGCUGGUGGCGUCGCAGCAGACGGUGCGCCUGGAGGAGCUGGGCGUCACCACCUGCCACGACGUCCAGCCCGUGGACCGGCUCCUGGGGCGCUACAAGGUCUACUUCAUCACGCUGUGCUGCGCCCUCUUCCUCGGCCCCCUGCUGGUCACCGUGGGGUCCUACGCCCGCGUCAUCUGGUCUCUGAGCGCCGUCCCCCGCCGCGUCCCCGCCAGUUCGCGCAGGCGGAGCAGAGCCGUGGUGAUGGCGCUGACGGUGCUGGUCAUGUUCCUGCUCUGCUUCGCGCCCACCAACUGCCUCCUGCUCUUCCACUACGUCCACAUCCACAGGAGCGCCCAGGACGCCCCGGAAGGUUCCUACGCCGCCUACUUGGUCUUCCUGUGCUUGGGGAGCCUCAACUGCCUGCUGGACCCGCUGCUCUACUUCUUCGGCUCCUCUCAGUGCCAGAGAGAACUGCUCGGGCUGCUCAGGUGCGACAAGGCGGCCAAGACCUUCGGCAGCUCCUCGUCCGACUCCUACAGGUCCAGCACCAGAACCUUCCUCAAGCCCGGCUCCAGGAUCGACACGUCUGUCGCCAAGCAGGAUUCUUUGGGCGGGCAGUACAAGAAGCUUGUGGUCUGACCCCCGAGAACCAAAUGGACUUUUUGAACAUUUAACCUGGAACCAGGACCAGUACUCGUCCAAGGCCCACAGAAAUAUGACAUGUUAAGUCUUACAGCAGGAGGGGGAUUCAUACGGCCCCAUUCGUCACGGUUUACCUGACACAUGAAACGUGACAAACUUGUCCCAAUCAGUUUUUGGUAUAACUAUGAUAUAUUUUGGGGGUAUUAAGGUGUUAUUAUUCAUAAUCAGACCCCUUAACCUUGUCAAAAGCUCCCCAAACGUGUCCUGCAAACAUUUUUUGUCUGUAAUAGUUUUCAUGUUACAGUUAUGAAUAAUAAGACAGUAAUAAGAAAAACUAUAAAACGUCAAUAACACAAAAACUAUAUUACUUAAUAACAUAAAAUCUAUAUUACUCAAUAACAUAAAAACUAUAUUACUUAAUAACAUAAAAUCGAAAAUAGUUAGACAAAAAAAUAGCAGUGUUGGCCUAAAACCUUUGUUGUUUUUUUAAGUGUAUUUUUUAAAUGUUAUUUACAAAAAUCCCAGAAUGUUAAUCAAUCUGAUAAAAGAAAACAGAGCAACUCCAACCUAAUCCCAGCUUUACAAUGUUUAAGAUGAAAAAAAUACUACACUACAAAAAAUUAAAACCAAAAAUGUAUGAAAGCAACGGUAUCAAUAAUUGUAUAAAGUUUUUUAUGUAAAAAAAUCAUUCUUAAAAAAAUUAAAUACAAUUGGCAAAUAAAAAAAUAGCGUUUUAAUCGAAAAAUACAUUUAAAAAAAAAAAAACGUGUUUUUUUUUUUUCCUUCUAAGAGUUAAAUUCGAAUAGUAAUUAAUAACAAUCCAGAUUUGGGUGUGAAUCAACUUUUUGAGCCCUUUUCAUCAUAUGGCGUCAAAAACAUACUCUGAUAAAAGCAACAGUAUCAAUAAUAAUAAUAUCAAUAAUAGUUGUUUAGUUUUUUUUAUCGAAAAAUGUAUUUAAAAAAUAUAUUUGCAAAAAAAAAAAGAAGUUUUUUUUGUUUUUUUUGUUUUUAAGAAUCGAUUUAGAAUAGUAAUUAAUAAAAAUCAGAGAUUUGGAUGUGAAUCAACUUUUUGAGCACCGUCAAAACAGUGACAAAAUCCCCGUGUGUAAAAACCAUACUUUGCAAUUAAUAAAAGCAACAGUAUCAAUAAUAGUUGUUUAGCAUUUUAUUAGGAAAAUAAAAAAAAUCUAAAAAAAAAUAGCAAAAAAAAAUUAUUAUUUUUUCUAAGAAUCGAUUUAGAAUAGUAAUUUUUUUAAAAAUCGAGAUUUGGGUGUGAAUCAACUUUUUGAGCACCCCUCCCAUCAAAAUCCCUGCGUGUAAAAAACAUACUCUGAUAAAAGCAACAGUAUCAAUAAUAAUAAUAUCAAUAAUAGUUGUUUAGUUUUUUUUAUCGAAAAAUGUAUUUAAAAAAUACAUUUGCAAAAAAAAAAAGAAGUUUUUUUUGUUUUUAAGAAUCGAUUUAGAAUAGUAAUUAAUAAAAAUCAGAGAUUUGGGUGUGAAUCAACUUUUUGAGCACCGUCAAAACAGUGACAAAAUCCCCGUGUGUAAAAACCGUACUCUGCAAUUAAUAAAAGCAACAGUAUCAAUAAUAAUAUCAAUAAUAGUUGUUUAGUGUUUUAAUCAAAUUGUUUUUUUACAAAAUUGCAAAAAAACGUUUUUUUUUUUUUUUUUUUAAAUGAAUCGAUUUUCUUUAUUUUAUAAAUAAAAAUUGCGCAUUGGAUGUCAAUCCCAUCACAUGGCGCCCAAAAACCUAGCGUGUCACAUCAUCAUACUCUCGGUGGCCUAGUGGUUAGAGUGUGAGUUCAAACCCCGGCCGAGUCAUACCAAAGGCUAUAAAAAUGGGAGCCAUUACCUCCCUGCUUGGCACUCAGCAUCAAGGGUUGGAAUUGGGGGUUAAAUCACCAAAAAAUGAUUCCCGGGGCGCGGCCACCGCUGCUGCUCACUGCUCCCCUCACCUCCCAGGGGGUAAACAAGGGGAUGGGU